UAAAAAAAGAAAAGAAGGAAAAACAAUCAACAACUAUUAGAAUCUUUGCCCUGCUCCCUACCUCUCCCAAAUACAAACCUUCACUCUAGAUCCAAAUCAACAUAUUUUAAUCCUGUUUCUUUAUACAUAUUAUUAGCUCCUUUGCCCAUAAAAUAUUCUGGAUGACUAGUGUAGUGCAUCAACCCUCACUGUCAGCGGGUUAAUUUAUUUCUGUCUCAAAGCUCAAGAUUCUGGGGACUCUUAACUUGUUUUUGCAGAGAUGGGAUCUGUGGAAAGAUCAAGGAAGAAAUCACAGCGUUGGAAGAGAGCCAUUUUCCGUUUCUCUGUAUGCCUCGUUAUUGGUUUCUUCACAGGCUUCGCUCAGACAAUUAAAGCCUCCAGUUUUGCCGGUCGUGUAGCAGUUACCUCGGAUAAAGCAGAUUUCUAUCCUCAGACAGCGCCAAAACCGAGGAUAAGCAUCGUCGAUGCGAGUUCAAAAGCUGAGACACCGGCCGUGGCAGCUUUGGCUGGAGGAGAGGCUCAGUUACAGCAAGAAGAAGAGGAAGUCAAAUUGAUUCCAAGAAGACUUCUCAUAAUUUGUCACGCCCACCGGGACAAAACAUAAGUUUCAAGGAAUCUUCUAAGAAGGUUGUCCAACACUUUGAGACUUAUUCCUGCACCUUUGCUCUGGAUCAUUGUGGAGGGACAAUCCGAAUCCAAAGAAGUAUCGGAUAUACUCAGGAACACUGGCAUUAUGUAUAGGCAUUUGGUCUCCAAGGAGAACUUCACUGACCCGCAAGCAGGAACGAAUCAUCAGUUCAACGUUGCUCUGCAGCACAUCGUGCACCACCGGAUAAGUGGGAUCCUCCAUCUUUCGAUGAUUUCGAAUGCUUAUGAUUUGGAUUUCUUUGAGGGGCUCAGGGAGAUAGAGGUGUUGGGAAAGUGGCCAGUGUGCAAACUUGCUUCACAAGUUAGAGGAUGGCAUGAUGGUGACAAGAGCAAUGACACAGACCCAAGACCUCCAUUGAUGAUGAUUCAUCCUUCAAGUUUUGCAUUCAACAGUUCGAUUCUGUGGGACUCUGAAAGAUGGGGUCGAUCUUCGUCGUCUGCUCAACCUACCACCACCACGAACAAUGCCGGCCAGGAUCUAUUGAAGUUUGUGAAGCAAAUUGUUAUUGAGGAUGACACGAAUCUGAAAGGCGUUCAAGGAAAAGAUUGCUCCAAGAACAUGGUUUGGCAUCAGGAACUCCAGAUUCAUUCUGGGAUGUCAAAAAUCGAACAGUUAUGAGGAAAGUCCAAAGACAUGCAAGCGAAGCACUGAAGACAUUUCUAAUUCAUUUGAACUUCUUCUUCUUCUUCUUCUUUUCUUCUUUUUUAAUAAUCCUGUAUCAUUUUUUCCCCUGUAAAUUUGUCCAUUUUCAUUUUAUCAUUAGUCAAGUAUAAAGCCAUAAUUAUUUUUUGGUGUA